GUGUGGAAAAUCUGAACCUGAGCCACUGCUGCCUGAAGAAGAUUUGGUGGGAGGAAAAGUAGAAGGGAAAAGAGGGUUGGAAGGUGAGGUGAAGAGGGGAUUUAGGUCGCUGCUCACGGGCGGCACAAAGUUCUUGACGAUGUGGCUGAAGCCUGAGGAGGUGCUCCUGAAAAAUGCGCUGAAGCUGUGGCUGAUGGAAAGGUCCAAUGACUACUUCGUGCUGCAACGGCGUCGGGGCUAUGGGGAAGACGGCGGAGGGGGAUUCACAGGGCUUCUGGUUGGGACUCUUGAUUCAGUCUUAGACUCUACUGCAAAAGUAGCUCCAUUUCGUAUUCUACACCAGACACCAGAUUCUCAAGUUUACCUGUCAAUUGCAUGUGGAGCCAACAGAGAAGAAAUAAUGAAGCAUUGGGAUUGGUUGGAACAAAAUAUCAUGAAGACCUUAUCUGUGUUUGACUCAAGUGAAGAUAUUACUAAUUUUGUACAAGGAAAGAUAAGAGGAUUAAUUGCUGAAGAGGGAAAACAUUCUUUUGCAAAAGAAGAUGAUCCUGAGAAAUUUCGAGAAACUCUCUUGAAAUUUGAAAAAUGUUUUGGUUUACCAGAGCAGGAGAAAUUAGUGACCUAUUACUCGUGCAGUUAUUGGAAAGGACGGGUUCCUUGUCAGGGCUGGCUCUAUCUUAGCACCAACUUCCUGAGCUUCUAUUCUUUUUUGUUGGGAUCAGAAAUAAAACUCAUUAUCUCCUGGGAUGCGGUCUCAAAACUUGAAAAGACUUCAAAUGUCAUACUGACAGAGAGUAUUCAUGUGUGUUCCCAAGGGGAUAGUCACUACUUUUCAAUGUUUUUGCAUAUUAACCAAACAUAUCUUCUUAUGGAACAGCUAGCCAACUAUGCUGUAAAGAGACUUUUUGAUAAGGAAACAUUUGAUAAUGACCCAAUUCUUGAUGAUCCUCGACAAAUCACCAAAAGAGGUCUAGAAGAUCGAGCCCACAGUGAGCAGUUUAAUGCUUUUUUUAGGCUGCCCAAAGAAGAGACUUUGAAAGAAGUACAUGAAUGUUUUUUAUGGGUGCCAUUCAGCCACUUCAAUGCUCAUGGCAAAAUGUGCAUCUCAGAGAACUAUAUCUGCUUUGCUAGCCAGGAUGGCAAUCUAUGCAGUGUAAUCAUUCCAUUUCGAGAGGUCUUAGCUAUAGAUAAGACACAUGAUUCCAGCAAAUCUGUCAUCAUUAGCAUCAAAGGAAAAACAGCUUUUCGCUUCAGUGAAGUUACAGACUUUGAACAACUGGUGGCAAAACUCAGGCUCAAGUGUGGGACGACUUCAAAUCAGUAUCACGAUAUUAGCACAGAGGUUCCUAUUAGUUCUCAUCCUACAGAUCCAUCUGAUAAUAUUGAGGUACAAUCUUUGCCAUGUCAAAGGGAAUACAGUGAAACUGUGAACACUGAAGCCUUAAUGACAGUAUAUCACCCUCAGAAUAUGGAGACUCUUAAUUCCAAAAUGUUAAAAGAAAAGAUGAAGGAACAGUCAUGGAACAUCCUGUUUUCAGAAUGUGGGCGUGGUGUUACUAUGUUUCGGACUAAAAAGACUCGAGAUCUGGUUAUAAGAGGGAUUCCAGAGACCUUAAGAGGAGAACUCUGGAUGCUUUUUUCAGGCGCUGUUAAUGACAUGGCUGCUCAUCCUGGCUAUUAUGCCAAAGUGGUUGAACAGUCCUUAGGGACCUGCAAUUUGGCAACUGAAGAAAUUGAACGUGAUUUACGUCGCUCCCUGCCUGAGCACCCAGCCUUUCAGAGUGACACUGGCAUAUCUGCUCUGAGGCGAGUACUCACUGCUUAUGCAUACAGGAAUCCCAAAAUUGGAUACUGCCAGGCAAUGAACAUUUUGACUUCAGUGUUGCUUCUGUAUGCAAAAGAAGAAGAAGCAUUUUGGCUUCUGGUUGCUGUAUGUGAACGAAUGUUGCCUGAUUAUUUUAAUCGUCGAAUCAUUGGUGCCUUGGUAGAUCAGGCGGUCUUUGAAGAACUUAUCAGGGAUCAUCUUCCCCAGCUAACAGAACACAUGACUGAUAUGACAUUCUUUUCUUCAGUUUCUCUCUCAUGGUUCCUCACACUUUUUAUUAGUGUACUACCUAUUGAAAGUGCAGUGAAUGUGGUGGACUGUUUCUUCUAUGAUGGAAUAAAGGCCAUUUUACAACUGGGAUUGGCAAUACUUGACUAUAAUUUAGACAAACUGCUGGCCUGUAAAGAUGAUGCUGAAGCCGUGACAGCUUUAAACAGGUUCUUUGACAGUAUCACUAAUAAGGAUAGCCCAUUGCCUUCAAGUGUUCAGCAGGGUUCAAAUGUGAGUGAUGAAAAAAGCAGUCAUAUUAGAGUGGAUAUUACAGAUUUGAUUAGAGAGUCAAAUGAGAAAUAUGGUAAUAUUUCUUGUGAAGAUAUACACAGCAUGCGCUGUCGAAAUAGGUUGUAUGUGAUACAGACCCUAGAGGAAACAACAAAGCAGAAUGUGUUACGUGUUGUAUCACAAGAUGUGAAAUUGAGCCUUCAUGAAUUGGAUGAACUUUAUAUCAUCUUUAAGAAAGAGCUGUUUUUUUCUUAUUAUUGGUGUUUGAGUUGUCCAGUACUGAAGCACCAUGACCCCAGUUUGCCAUAUUUGGAACAGUAUCAGAUUGACUGCCAGCAGUUCCGAGUGUUAUAUCACUUGUUGAGUCCCUGGGCUCCUUCUGCAAACAGAGACUCACUAGCUUUAUGGACAUUCCGAUUGUUGGAUGAAAACUCUGACUGCCUUAUCAACUUCAAAGAAUUCUCUUCUGCAAUUGACAUAAUGUACAAUGGAAGUUUUACCGAGAAGCUUAAACUACUUUUUAAGCUGCAUAUUCCUCCAGCUUAUACUGAAGUGAAAUUGAAGGACCCUUCAAAGGGAGAUGAACUUUCCGAGGAAGAAUUACUUUAUUUCAGUCAGCUCCAUGUUUCCAAGCCUUCAAGUGGGAAGGAAGCAGUAUCAGUAAAAAACAGCCCUGAAAAAGGCAAAGGAAAAGUUGAUAUUCAAGCAUAUCUUAGUCAAUGGCAAGAUGAGCUUUGCAAAAAAGAAGAAAACAUUAAGGAUUUACCAAGAAUGAAACAGUCACAAUUUAUUCAGUUUUCAAAGACCCUUUAUAACUUAUUUCAUGGGGACCCUGAAGAAGAGUUGUUAUAUCAAGCCAUUGCUGUAGUAACCAGCCUUUUGCUCAGAAUGGAAGAAGUUGGAAGGACACUUCAUAGCCCUACAUCAUCAGCCAAAGGAUUCUCUGGUAUAGUUUGUGCUUCUGGAGGAUCCAGUGAGGGGAAAACAGAGAGCCCCUUGGAGAAAGAUCCCUCCUUGCUCAGGGAAGAGCCUCAGUGGUCAUUUGCAUUUGAACAGAUUCUUGCUUCUUUGUUGAAUGAACCAGCAGUGGUGAGGUUUUUUGAGAAACCCAUAGAUGUAAAAGCCAAACUAGAGCAUGCAAAAACCUCUCAGUUAAGUUCUAGAAACAAGAUGUAAAUCUCUUAACAGGAAUUGACUAUCAGACAAAUUUACUAAGAUUCCUGUAGUUGUCAGCUUGAUUCCUGGGAGUAGAGAUCAGGGAUUUAUUAUGUUACCAAAUGUU